AACACACCUCUUGAUGCACAGAACGAAUGAGACGUCCAGGAGAAAGACGAGGUGGAAAGGAUUUUGCAACCCCGGGACCACUUGGUUUCUAAACAGGCGUUUGAGUGCCUACUGCAUGCGAGGAGCCGGGAUGCGGGUGAACAGGACCCAAAGGUCCCUGCCUUCAUGCAGCUUAUGUGCCAGAGGAGAAGACCAAGAAAAACGGGCAAACGAGACGACUUUAGGCACAGUGCUGUGAUCGAACAAGAAAAGGGGCUUGAUGGACUGCAGGGAGGCCUGAAGAAGUGCCAUUUUUGCUGAGACCGGUGGGUAGGAAGUGAAGCAGGAAAGGAUCUGAAAGAAGGUCAUGGAAGGCAGAAGGAGUGGCCAGUGCAAAGCUCAGAGCCCCGGCGCUGUGGAGGAGGUUCUAGACCGGGAUAACAAGCGGAUGGCUGACAGCUUGGCCUCCAAGGUCACCAGGCUCAAAUCGCUGGCUCUGGACAUUGAUAGGGACGUGGAAGACCAGAACCAGUACCUGGACGGCAUGGACACGGACUUCACGAGUGUGACGGGCCUCCUCACGGGGAGCGUGAAGCGCUUUUCCACAAUGGCGCGGUCCGGGCGAGACAACCGGAAGCUUCUGUGUGGUAUGGCCGUGGGCCUGAUUGUGGUCUUCUUCAUGCUCUCCUACCUGCUGUCGAGGGCAAGGACGUGAGCCAGUGGGAGCUGGCUUCUGCCGGUGCCUCGGGCAAGCACGGUCCGCCUCUGCCUGGCGUCCUGGGCCAGAGGACUUAACGACAGAAUACUCCUUUGAAACGAUGAUUGUGGCUUAGGAAUCUUGCUCCUGUGUGGCUGGGAGCCUCUGACCCAGUGAGCUUGUGUUAGCUGGUCCCGUGUGUGCAAGGGGCCCAUCUUCAUGGGGUAGCCAAGGCCCACUUUCUCUGCCACCUUGGGUGCUAGAAGCCCCAGCAGAGUCAGGUCCAAGCAGAGCAGCUGGGAAUCCUGGACACGGCCACCUGUGAGCAGCAGCUCUUACCCGGCCCUCGAGUUUCUGAACAUCUCAAGGCUCUCCUACGCUGUUCUUGUCUGGAUAAGGCCACGUCUGGUAUUUGAGAUGCCUGGAGCUGACACAGGAAGGGGUGUGGCGGUGAACCUCAGAUCAUCGCUGUCACCUUCAACCGAGUGUUCUCAACCCAGAGAUGGCAGUUGCUCCUGCCCAGAGCUGCUGGGCAUCCGCGGACCAGUGAGAGUCAAGGGUCCUGCCGAGAGGCCUCUUCCUGCCUUCCAAUCCCACAGCUGAAGCCCGACCCUCAGGGAAGGGCAGGGGUUGUGGAUGGAGGAGGGAACUGCAGCCUUCGCUGAAAGCAUGGGGCUCACAUUCUGGUGAUCUCCCAGCCAUGUAUCCAGGUGCAGAAAGUGAUAUUUUCUCAUGAUUCAAGAUCUAUCCAGCACCAGAGAUCUAUUUGCAGAUCAGAUCUCUAGAAACAAGUCCAUCUGACAUUUCAGAGUCAGGCAGGGUGUGAGGAGGGACUUUUGUGGGUAUAGACAGGAGGCUUCCAAGUAAGGACUCUUCAUAGGAUCCUGUAGGUCAGUUUCUGAGGGUCAGCGGGCAGUUUCCACCAAGCCCAGCCCUUCCACUGCGGUGUCUGCCCACCUCUCCCUGGGCCCUCAGCGCCCGCUUGGUCAGUCCCCUGCUCACUCGAACCUCGAACUGAACCACAGGCCCAGCCAAACCAGUGGCUUCUUACCCCACUGAGACCCCAGUAUCCUUGUCAUCACAAAAAACACUUGUAAGAAACGAAUCAUCGGCCGUGUGUCCUUCCCUGCCCUUGUUCCGACCUUCUGGUUUCCUGGUCGGCCCCGCUCACUCCCUGAGGACCGUUGGCCCCCUGUCCCCCUCCCCGCACGCUCCUGCCACGUGUGGUCGCGCACGUCAGCCACAGCCUGGGGCCGGUUGGCUCCUGCCGCCCACGUUGCUGGUCUCGGGCCCUGGGCGCCUCGCCUCUGGUACUGCGGCUCCGGCUCCUCGUCCCCUCGCUCUCCACCCAGCAGGCCCGGCUGCUCCUCGCACGCUUGCCCGGGUGCCCUCUCCCUGCCGCUGUGCCUGUGACCUGAGCGCGCUGUCUCCCCCCCGUGUGUGCUUGUGUCUCCCCCGGUGAGACUGCCUUACUUGUCUCCGAGUCUCUGGGGCUUGGCUGUUUCCCUCUUCUCCUGGACGUUCCUUCACGGGCCUCUGUGGUCUUGCCUUGACGCCCCCUGUCCUGUGCACUGCGGCUUUGGCUUCGCCUGCUCAUCUCACAUGGAACCUUGUCACGGGGACUUGUCCUCUGGUCACCGAGCUCAAUAGCUGCUGCCGGUGCAGCGUCUCCACCUGGUCGCCGCAGGCCCUGCAGAUACACCCGGACCUGAGCUCCGUGGCCCCCACCUUUUCUGGGCCUGCCAGCCUUGCUUCCUGAGAACGUGGCUCGGCCAUGGCGACCGUCCCCCCGGUGCUUUCGUGUGGCGGGCCCCCUCGUCUUGCCAAGGCAGACCAGGAACUCAGAGUUUGCAUUCGGGGUGGUACACCGCUUGCUGCGUUCUCUCCUCAGGGCUCCGUCUGUGCCUCCCCGCUUCUCCACCUCCACGGCUCUUUGCAGCCCUUCCAGCUAUGUGGCGGUCUGGGCUUUAGUUUCUUUCUGGUUUGCCUUCUUGCUUCUUACUCUCAUCGUGUUAGAUGAAUUCCUGAAGGGAGCAUGGCAGCCCUGCUGCCGCCGUGUCAGCAGGGUUUCCUGUGGGGCCUUCACGCUCCUGCUCAGCCCUGUACACUGAGCACCUAAUCCUGUGGGUAAGUGGGGUUUGCCGAUGCUGAUCCCGGAGACCAUAAAACAGAAGGACUUGGAGCCUCCCUCUGUGCCAGGUGAGGAGGAACUGCCAGGCUCGAUCCCAUAAUUCAAGGGCAAGACAUUUAGCAGUAAAAAUGUGGAAUAAACAGCUUCGUGAUGAAGUAAA